AUGGGAGCCGGUUCGCCGGAGUACCUUGCGGAUAAGGUUGAAGAGUUGGCUUCCAUGAAACUGAAACAAAGAAAACCGGGUUUUGUAAUCACUGAGGAGCUUAUUAUAUGUUUUGUUGGGUUGUUUUCUUUGUUAUCAUUUGCGGUUUCUUCAGUAAACUAUCACUAUGUGACAAGUAGUAGUGGCUUUACUAGUGUCGACCCAAGUGACAAAGCUGCAAUCUUGGAGUUUAAGUCUCAUUUGCAAGACCCUUUUAACCAUCUGUCCAGCUGGACUGACGAAAAUGGCUCUGCCAGCUGGAUCGGCUUCACCAUCUCCAACCAGACCGGCCGGCUCACGUCCCUUAACCUCACCGGACUCAGCCUUUCCGGCCCGCUCCACUCCUCUCUCUGCAACCUCACUUAUCUAGAAACGCUUGUAUUGUCGAGCAAUGCAUUCUUUGGCUCGGUUCCUUCUUGCUUGCCAAAAAACCUUAAAAUCUUGGAUCUUAGUUACAAUGCCUUCAACGACUCCAUCCCGCAAGCGCUAGUGAUACUGAGCCAGCUGGCUGUGCUUGACCUAAGCCACAACGCGUUUGGCGGUGAAAUCCCGGCUUGGAUUGGUAAUUUCUCUUCGAGGCUUGAAAAACUUAAUCUUGAGUCCAAUAAUUUACGUGGCGAGAUUCCUGAUAGCUUGUAUGACUCAAUGUCAUUGCAAUACUUAGAUUUGUCCCACAAUUACUUAACAGGAAAUCUCGGUGAUUUUCAUGGGGCCUUAGUUUAUCUUGAUUUGGAGUUCAACAUGCUAUCUGGUACUCUACCCUGUUUUUUAACCUCGUCUGAAUCUCUCUCGGUGCUUAACUUGGCCUGCAACUCGAUCGAGGGAGGGAUACCGGCCUGCAUUGCUAGCUGUCACGGCCUCAGGCAGCUCAACUUGUCAUUCAAUGACUUGCAAUAUGGGAUUUCUCCAAGAUUAGUUUUUUCAGAAGAAAUAAUUGUCCUGGACUUGAGUUUCAAUAGUCUGUCGGGCAAUCUUCCCCAGAAUAUUAUCGGGACCCCUGAAAAAUCGAGCCUUUUAAUCUUGGAUUUGUCCAACAAUCAGUUCACUGGCAACAUCCCACCAGCCAUUACCGAGUUGAAAAACUUGCAGGCCUUGUUUCUUUCCCAUAAUCGUCUAACGGGCGAGAUUCCCGAUAGAAUUGGAAACUUAACAUAUCUUCAAGUCAUAGAUUUGUCGCACAAUUUAUUGUCGGGCUCGAUCCCGUUGAAUAUCGUGGGUUGUUUUCAGUUACUAGCGUUGAAUUUGAAUCAUAACAAUCUUUCGGGCGAAAUACCACCGGAACUCGACGCGUUAGAUAGUUUGAAGAUAUUGUCUUUAAGCAACAAUCGGAUUUUCGGUGAGAUUCCUCUCACUUUGGCAGGGUGCAAGUCGUUAGAGGUGGUGGAUUUGAGCUUUAAUUAUCUAUCGGGUACUUUGAAUGAUGCCGUGACAAAAUGGUCGAAGCUCAGAUUCCUCUCUCUAUCACACAAUAUGUUCAAUGGAUCCUUACCCGGUUGGUUGUUUGCUUUCCAGGAUAUCCAAAUAAUCGAUCUAUCUGGAAACGGGUUUUCUGGAUAUUUACCGAACGGUACUAAUUUCAACACUAGCUCGAGUUUCAAUCGCAUCGAUUUUAAACAACGGGCAUCAUCGGUUUCGUUCACUAAUCUAGACGUUCGGGUUUCAGUAAAAGUAGCUGAUAAGAACGUGUUGAAUUUGAUAUUCACGUACGACUUUCCGCCCGUAGUAGGAAUUGACAUUUCGGAUAACUCGCUUCACGGAGAAAUUCCCGGUGGGAUUUUCGGGUUGCAGGGUCUCGACUACUUAAACCUCUCGUAUAAUUUUCUCGACGGGCAAAUUCCGGUAGGUUUGGGGAAGAUGUUGAGCUUGAAAGUCUUGGACCUUUCGCACAAUUCGUUCGCAGGGCUACUCGAGAUUCCCAGGAGCGUUUGCGGGUAA